AUGAAGAAAAAGACAGUCCCAACCCCCUCUUUUCAUCUCGAUCUCGAUCGCUCCGCCAUGGAAGACCACCAUAUCGGCCUUCACCAUCAUCACCACGUCCCUGACCUUGAGUCUAUUUGGCCAUCGUUUUUGCCUUUCCAACUUCCCGACUCUCACGAUCAACAACUCCCCUCCUCCUCCACCCAUUUAUUGAUAGGCUACAGUACUCCGAGUUCUGGAACAGGUGAUGAUGAAGAAGAGCCAGAAGAAGAGCUAGGUGCCAUGAAGGAAAUGAUGUAUAAGAUCGCGGCAAUGCAGCCGGUGGACAUCGACCCUUCAACCAUUCGAAAGCCAAAGCGACGAAACGUUCGGAUUAGCGAUGACCCGCAAAGCAUCGCUGCUCGUCUCCGACGAGAGAGGAUUAGUGAGAAGAUCAGAAUUCUUCAAAGGCUUGUGCCUGGAGGGACAAAGAUGGACACAGCUUCAAUGCUGGAUGAAGCCAUUCGCUAUGUCAAGUUCUUGAAGAGACAAAUCCGGUUGCUGCAGUCAAGUCAGCCACCGCAACAGCCAACCACCAGCGGUGGAGCCGCCGGUGCCGGCGGAGGAGGAUGGCCUUUUCCAUUCCAUAAAGCAAACGGUUCAACCUCCUCAUCCACUUCCAUGGAGACUACUCCUGCCAUUACACCAUCAGGAUGGAAAGUUUGUUUGGCCGACUCUUCUUCCUGGUAUUAACACUGACGUGAGGUCCU